UCUGUGCACCCCUUCUCCGAGGAUGAACAGAUCUUGCACUAUGAAGUCCUGUGUGCUCAUCUUUUUCCUGGCCCUACUGUGUGCAGAAAGAGCUCAGAGCCUAAAGUGCUACAAUUGCUUGGGGGUCUCAUUUGAUUAUAUCUGCUCAUCAACUGCGACCUGCCCCUACCCUGAUGGAGUCUGCGCUAUUCAGGUGGCAGAAGUUGUUCUGAACUCUGUAAGAGAGAAAGCGAAGAACCAUAUCUGCCUUCCCUUCUGCCCAACGAGUUCUCAAACUGCUGAGAUCCUGGGUACCGUUGUCCAAGUGAAUACUUCCUGUUGCAAUACAGAUCUUUGCAAUGCAGCAGGUCCCACAGGAGGCAGCACCUGGACCAUGGCAGGGGUGCUUCUGUUCAGCCUGGGCUCAGUCCUCUUGCAGACCUUGCUGUGAUGGA